AUGCGCCGUCCACGUGUGUCCAUUGUGUGUGUGCAAUUGCCAGCUGUUCUGCCUCUUGACCGCCUGAAGUUUGCCCUGUCUCUCUUUCCCAGACGACGCUUUGGAACCGUCACUCGUUUUCCUCUGUUUGCGACUGGUUGCGCAGUCCCCAAUUCACUGACUGGACUAGCCCAGUCAUCAGCGAACCCGGAAUCUUGCAAAGUUGGUGUUAGAGAAGAAGAUGCUCCAGCCAUGGCGAACCUUACCUCGACCACAUCCAUUGCCACCUGCACUCGCUCGACCCGUGCGCCCUCCCAUCUUAGCAAACCGCCUCCCUCGACGACCUUGAACUCAAUCCGUGGGACUGCCCCAGCUGCCCCGCCGCCCCAGCACCCAUCAGCCUCGUUGCCCGUUGUCGCUUCACCGACCUCCAUCUCCAACGUCUCGCUGUUUCUGACGAACCUCCGCCUCCUCGACCUAGACCUCUCGCCUGACUGGCCCGGUAUCUCUCCCUCGACAUUCAACACCAAAGAUGCCGGCGGACAGAAGAAGCGCAUCCAAUGCGUCGAAUGGGCCCUGUACCACCUCUUCGCUCUCUACGACAGGGACGAAACAAGAAAUAAAUUGCUUCCAUUCUUCCCUCCGAACGACCAGGUUCAGUCGCUGAACCUGCGCGCCGCCUUGCUGAGACAAUUGGAACAAGCCAAGAAGAAUGGGGUCCUGGGAAGAGAUGCCGUGGUGCGCAAGACGAUGCUGGACGAGUGCAAGGGCGAGAGGCUGGAAGAGGUCUUGGCGGUAUUCUCGUCGGUCGUCUUGAAGAAAGUCGUCGCGGAGAGGCAGCUCAACUCGCGCGACCCAAUGAGUCCACCACUGGCUCAAGCACUGGCGCUGGAGAAUAUGGGCUAUUCUGGGGACAAGACAGAGCUGACGGUGUUGGUCCUGGCGCAUAGGGUCUCUUUGCAAAGAACAUUGGACGAAAAGAAUGCAUUGAGAAAGAGAUUCAACAGCUUUGCCGAAUUAUUGGCAGACAAAGAACGAGGCAUUGCACGCAGGCGGAGGCAACAGCAAGACCAAGACGACGACGGUGAGGAAGGAGUGCCUGAACAGACCAGACGAGAUGUAUGGAAGACUGUUAGGAACAACUGGACGGGAAGCGAGCGCUGGAUGGAGACGCUCCUGCAUGGGGACAGCCAAGCCCAGAGAGAUGGAGUCUUGUCAGCGCCCUUUGACAGGGUUUGGAGGAGGGUUCAAUCUGAUCGGUUGGCUGAGCUGGACGAAAAAGAGCCUGGGUUGCUGGAACAGCUCGACGACCGUGUUAGAAGCCAGAGGGAGAGGCUGGAAAGGUGGCAGGGCUUCCGCCAGAGGAUGUUUGGGGACACCGCAUCAGGGUCUACCACACGACAGGCUGGAGCACAGGAACGACCAAGGGGUAUUGAUCUUGGAUUUCGAGGACACGAGACCCUCCAUAUCGGACGGGCAAGCACAAAGAAGCUGGCCUCAAGCAGGGCGAGCGAUUUCGAUCACGAGUACGAGAAGUUGAUUUCGAAUCUCAAGGCCGAGUUGGAUGGCAUUACUCCCAGCGCGCCCCACAUUCCAUCCUUCUUCCAACAAGCGCCCACGGCAGUCCCGCCAUUAGAUUUGGACGGCGUUGUCGAGUCCGAGAGCGAGGAGAUCUCAGACAUUAGCGACCAUGAGCCAACGCCAAUCGCGGUCCGCCCAUCACCUCCGCGCCGGGACCCGAUCAAGCUUGAGCCGGUGUUUGAGCCGGUUCUUCGAAAGGCACAGUCGUUUUACCACGAUGAAAUUGACGUGAAUGAAAUCCCAACAACACCCUCCCGUCACGCUCUCCGCCGGUCAGCCACCAUCAAAUCGAAUACACCAUCACCAAGAAGACGGGAACCUACCCAGACACCCACACCCACUCAGAGCCCACGAAGGCGUCUCAGUUCACCACCCAAGCCGGUCCUAACCCCAACACGGAAUACCGUUUUACCUGCGCCACAACUCUCCCCCGAACUUCCCUCGCCAGAAGAGUUGCCAUCUCCAACCCAGGAAAUGGCCGACCAAAUCCUCGCCUCCGUCAGCAACGCCUCCCCCUCCCCGAUCAAGCGAAGCAGGCACACCCUCUCCCUAGCCGAACGAACCCGCCUCUCCAUGGCCCGGCGCACCUCCCACGCCAACCUGCGUGUCUCCGCCGAAGACGACGACCUGCUCCUCGACUCCCCGGCCCCCGAACCGCAAAAGCAACCCCAACCUCCUUCUAUCACCCCCCCCUCCCCACCGACAGGCACAAACGGCUACGAAGACCUCGUUUCCCGCACCCGCCGCUCCAUGGCCAACUUUGAAGCCGUCAAGCAAAAAGCUCAGAUUGAGCGGAGGAGAUCCCUCCGGCAGGCCAAAGCGGCGCCCGCCACUCCCCAGAAUCAGGGAGGAAGACCGAGGAGUGCAUAUUUUUCUUCGUUGGAUGAGGAAGGAGAGGAUAGUUAUCAGGAUGAGGGAAACACCACGCUGUUGAUUGCCGAGGAGUUGAUUAAUGAGGGGAAGGAGGAUGAUUAUGAGGCGGUGUUUAUGAGCAGACCGAAGAUUGCGACGAGUCCGGUGGGCACGCCGGUAAUGAGGGGAAGGAAUUGUGCUGUGAGUGAUUUUUAG